AUAAGCUUAGGGGGUCUUUCAUGCGGGUCCCCACAUCUGUACCUCAGAGUUCAGAGUGGGGAGGGAACCUUGACAGACCCAGUAAAUGGAAACUGGAUUAUGUUGCAUUUAAAGACCUGUGUUUUAGUUAGCGGUGCUACUAGCCUGAACAUAUUCGUCAUUCCUCUGAUAUCUCUGUACCCUGCAGUUGUGCCAAAUCUCAUGAAAUCAGUCAGAAUUGUCACAGCUUCUCUUGUGGACAUGUUCCUCUAGCUGCUUCUUUCCUCUUUCCUUAUGGUCAACCAACUCCUAUAUAACUGGGUUGAGUCUCCAUAUUUGUGUAAAUCUGGUCGUUUGCCCUAAUUCACAUCUGGAUCACAUUGACCAUGUGGCAAAUUUUUGCAAGCCUCCCAAAUAAACUCUCUAAGCCUUCAACAGUUCCCCCUGUCAACACAUGUUCUCUUAUAAUUUUGGGCGACCUGCAGUUGGAAGGUCAGAGUUCAGAUUUUUUUUUUCUCCCUGUGCCUUCUUGUACCCUUUCUACCUUAAGAGCCCCCCAUCACUACAGAUGACUGCUACUGAACCUUUUGGAUUCCUUCCUUCUUCUCUGCUAGGUGAACGGCACGUAAAAGGAAAGAUGAUGUUGCUCAUAGUGCACUAAAUGUAAUUAUACUGUGCCAGCCAGAUCCUCAACUGGUGUAAAUCAAUGCAGCGCCAUCUGAAUUCAACAGAACCAAGAUGAUAUGACCUUGUAUCUCUAAAGGGCACUUGAACAGCUGAAAUUCCAUGAAAGUGUUUUGGUGAACUCUGAAGAAAAGGUCAAAAAUCAGUUUGAAUGUGUACCAAAAUUCUAGCUCAGCAGGAACUGGAUGUUGUCAGUCAGCCACUUGUCUUGUUCCAGAUGCCUGUUAAAUUAGUUCAUGUCUCCAUUUUGUCUUUUGACUAACCAAACAGCAUAGAAUUUAGAACUUAGGAAGUCCUGGAUUAUGACACUCAAUUCUGUACAGAACACAGUUAGUCAGCAACAGCUGCCAAUGAGUCUUUUAAAGUGAAAUUCACAGCCACCGUUAUCACAUUUUUAUGCAUCUCCAGGAGGCUGGAUGUACAGAUGAGCAUGCCAGGAUAGUGACCAAAACUUAGUGAAGACAUGACCAAGAAUUGAAUGAUGGGAGCGGAAAGUCAAUAUUCACUGAUGGUGGGCAUGAUGUAUGUAUUUAACUCAAUGUUUGGAAUUGGAAUCUUAGCCCUGCCCAAAGCCUUUGCUGAUGCAGGCUGGCUGGCCAGCAGUGUUAUCUUGGCACUUGCCAUGGUGAUGAGUUACAUAACUGUGACCUUCCUGAUUGAAGUAAUGUCCUCUGCAAAUGCAAGAGUUGUUUGGGACAGGAAUAAUGACAGCCACAAAGAGAAUGAAAUAUUGAAAGAAAACAUUCCCAUGUCUGCAAAGAGAGGAGAAGAGUCCACCAAGUCAAAGGCCCUUCAUUCAAAAUCCUCAUCAAAGUACGUUUGCUGCUGCUAUUGCCUGCCAGAUGAUCCAAAACCAAGUGUGUUUGAUAUAAGUGAGCUGCUCUCUCUGACUGACCUGACUAAGAUGUACUUCAGUACAGCUGGAGACCUCCUGAGUCGAAUUAUAUUGAUGCUAGGCAUAUAUGGAUCGUUGGCCAUGUUCCUGACCAUGGUACCUUUCAGCCUCACAGAACUAUUCUGUUUUUUGCAUUAUGUUCGUUACGGCGUUCCACCUCCUAGCUAUUGGCCGAGGCAAAGGAAAUCCUACUGUGGCUAACUUCGGUGCUCUUCCAAACAUCUUUGGAGCUUGUUCGCUAGCUGCUGUAUCCCAUGCCACCCUUCCUCAUAUCAUUCCUCCCAUACUGAACAAGGCCAACCUUGGUCUGGGAAUUGCUAUUGUCUUCAUAGUUGUGGGUGCAUUUUAUGCAUUGCUUUCAUUAACUAUCAUGUUCACCUUUGAAAAGGACAAGAUUCAGGAAAUUGUUCUGUUAAAUUUUUUGGAUUGCUCUAUUGUGCCUGGAGUGUUCUUUUACUUCUUGGGACUCUAUACCACUUUUAAGGUGAGUGCCAUCUUUCCCCUGAACGCAGUGGCUUUAAGAGACAACAUAUGGGCUAUGUUCAGCUCCUUCCAAUGUUCUCGCAUUUGGGCUGUUGAAAGCCUCCUCUUUCCGUUUUUGGCCAUCAUCCCACCAACUGUGAUUGCAGUCGUUACUAAGAACAUUGAGGUGAUUGUAGGAAUAACUGGCUCCUAUGCUGCAACCACCAUCCAGUUGAUCAUCCCACCUCUGCUGGUUUACUAUAGCCGCAGAGAUACCCAGGAGAAGUUUGGCCCAAGUGUUCGUAUCAAGCAUGCCUCUCCAUUUCAGCACAGCUUUUGGAUAAUUCUAGCCAUCAUCUUUGCUGUAUUUACUAUCACCACGGUGACAAUAUUGUAUAUAACACAUCAAAGUUAAUAAAUACUAGUGUUAAGUAA